AUGAGCGCUCCUACCUACCACCAACAUGAGCGCCAUUACUUCUACCACAGACACUAUUACUCCUGCCACCACCACGAACAUUACUACUCCUACCACCACCACGAGCAGUCCUACUUCUACACCAGAAACUACUACUACCACCACCAUGGGGGCUACUACUUCUACAACAGAUCGUGCAACCCCUACCACCACCACGAGCGCUCCUACUUCUACAACAGAAACUGCUACUCCUACCAAUGCCAAGAAUGCAAGUACUUCUACCACAGACCCUGCUACUCCUACCACCCCAAUGCGCACUUCUACUUCUACCACAGAAACUACUACCCCUACCACCAUAACGAGAUCACCAACAUUUACCCCAAACACGAAGGCAACUACUUCUACCACAGACACUACUACUCCUGCCACUAUCACAAGCGCUCCUACUCCUACCACAGAAAUUGCUACUCCUACCUCCACCACGAACGCAUCUACUUCUACCACAGAUCAUGCUACUCCUACCACCACAACGGGUGCUCCUACAUCUACCACAGAAACUACUACUCCUACCACCACAACGAGUUCUACUACCUCUACCAAAGACCCUGCUACACCUACCACCACCACGAGAGCAUGUAUUUCUACCACAAGUCCUGCUACUCCUACCACCACCAAGAACACUACUACUCCUUCCAUCACCAUGAGCGCAACUACUUCUACCACAGACCCUACUACUCCUACCAUCACCACGAGCGUUCCUACUUCUACCACAGAAACAAUUACUCCUACGACCACCACGAAAAAUACUACUACCACCACCCCGAGAGCAUCUACUUCUACCACAGGCCCAGCUACUCCUACCACCACCACGAGUGCUCCUACUACUACCACAAAAACUACUACUCCUACCACCACGAUGAGCGAAAUUACUUCUACUACAGCUCCUGCUACUCCUACCACCACCACGAGUGCUCCUACUUCUAUCACAAGAACGACUACUCCUACCACCACCAUGAGCGCUCCUACUUCUACCACUGA